UAGGGCUUUUCUAGGGUUCUUGAAAAGCUAUGGAGGAGGAGGCUGCAUUGACGGAGCAGGAGACGGCCGUGUACGAUCGCCAGAUUCGUGUGUGGGGCGUCCAGGCGCAGAGAAGGCUGAGCAAAUCUCGAGUGCUUGUGGCUGGAUUGACUGGUGUCACAGCGGAGGCAUGCAAGAAUCUGGUCCUAGCGGGAAUUGGAAGCCUCGUUGUGCUGGACGACAGGCCGGCCGUGUUUGAUCCUUGUUCUUCCACAUUUCUGGUGUGCCAUGACCACAACGCUUCCACUGACGAGAACAAGUCCGUUGCCGAGGUCUGUGCUGCCGCUCUUCGAGAUUUCAACCCAAUGGUCGACGUCACGAGUGCUCAAGGCACUUCAGUGAUGGAUGUGGAUAACUACGACGUUGUCAUCCUCAACCGUGCCGCUAUCAAAGACAAGAGGAGAAUUAAUGAGCUGUGUCGCAGAUCGGCUCACAAAGUUUCCUUCUACACUGUCGACUGCAUUGGUUCGCGGGGGGAAAUCUUUGUCGAUUUGCAGACCCAUACUUACACUUCCAAGGCUGCGGCGGAUGCUGCCGAGAGUUGCGAGCUUACAAAGAAGUUCCCAAGCUUUGAGGACGUAUCAAGCGUUCCGUGGAACUGCCUUCCAAAGAGGAUAAGUAAGCUCUUCUUUGCAAUGCGAGUCCUCGAAGAAUUUGUUCAGGCGACGGGACGGCAAGCCGGCCCCGAAAAUCUUCCGGAGCUGCUCGCGUUGCGAACGCAAAUGUGCAGCAAACAGGGCGUGGCCGACUCGUUGAUCCCGGAAAGCCUUCUCGCGGGGCUGGCUGGCGCGGACGGCACGGAGUUUCCACCGGUGUCUGCGAUUCUGGGAGGCAUCCUCGGCCAGGAAGUGGUCAAGGCUCUGUCUGGCAAAGGAGAUCCUUUGCGAAGCUUCUUCUACUUCGACACUGACGACGGCAAAGGAAUCAUCGAGGAGAUAAUCAGUUAGAUCGAUUACACGCACACCCAUUUGUUUAGGGUUGGGGUACCUCUUUGGAUCCUGGCAAGGCAUGUAGUCACGAUUC